AUGGAACACAAUUCACAAGGAGAUCUGCCAACUGAAGAUACCUCGCUUAUCAUCACCUCGGAUUAUCUUCUGGAGACGAGUCGAGAGAUUGUAAGUUGUUUUUAUUAUAUUAACCUUACCGGUAAGCGUACCUGAAAUAAUCUGAUGAAAUAUUAUAUAAAAAUGGAAAGUUUUCAGCAACGACAAGCAUGUGACGACAUUGAAAUGCGUUUUAUUGUGACUAUGGAACAGCUACAACAAGGUCAACGAGUCAAACAACCAGCCCAGUUGGUCGAACUUACUCCAGAUAAGCCUACUUAUACUGCAGCUACUUUUCCUAAUAUUGAGGUAGGUUUUUGGUAAUUCUAUGUAAAUCUCAGCACAAAAAGGAUAAAAUUGGUAUAGAAUUGAUAAAAUAAAGUUAGUAUUUCAAAAAAGGUGCUUCUGGUCUUGUUUUAUUACCUAAACUUCCAGAAUGACUUGCACACAGCGAAACUGGAAGGUUUUUUUGACAACGAUGAUACGAGCGGCGGUGAUGGUGCAAGAUCGGCCCAAAUGUCACUUUCUGGUAAGAAAACUAUGCUCUUUCAUAUUAUAUACCUAUUUCGAUAUUUUGGGUUACUGUAACAAAGUUAUGAGCAAAAUAAGGUUAUCUUUCUUAAUUUUUUACAAAAAAUUAACGUUUUUUGGCCAAAAACUGCCAUUCUUUAUAGGACUACAAAUUAAAAAAUAUAAUUUUUGAAUUUUUAAGAUAGUAUAGUAUGUGUAAUUUUAUAUUUUAUAGAUUUGAACCUUCAUACGGCUGUUGGAAUAACCCCAACAAACCUUCAACCAAGAGCCAUCGAUCCAAUGUCUUCAGGGCGAAGAGAGCCGAGCCCCCAAUCAUUCAGAAGUUCGCCUACAAGUGCCACUAGGGUUAGAUCACCUGGUAAGAGAUUUGAAAAAUUCGUAAUUUUAGUUAUUUAGAUAAUAUAAGGGUAGAUCAUGGCCCAAUCAUUUUAAUUUUCUUUUUAGUUUUUGUUUUCAGAAAACUUUCCAAAUGGCUUGGACGCCGAUGGGGAUCCCACGCUGCGGCUUUGGACUGA